ACAUACAUGCCACCCAAAACAUACAAGCAGCCUGUUCACUGCUUGUGUGAUCGGCGUCGGUGUUCAUUUUACAUUGCGCAUGACAUUUUGGUUCGAAUCAUAGGAGCUGUGAUCAAAUAUAAUGAUUGCGGAAAAAGUCUAGGUGUAAAGAUGUUUUCUAAAUCGUUAAAAAUGCUUUAGAACUUUUUGUACCUUUGUAUUAAAUUCCAUUACGACACCGAACCGUGUAAUUAUUUCGCAGUUAUGUUUUUACACGUUUAAAGACAAGUUUACGAAGGUAUUGGUGAGUAACUGCUGAACUGUUCAAGGAAAAUCUGAAGGCCAUUUGACAUGGUGGUAUAGAUCGGACUGUCAGAAGAAAUAGUAAUUAAGGUUAUUUUCAUUAAUGAAGCUUUUAUAGUCGAUUUACCAUGAACCGUUUGGGACCGUUCUUUCUCUUGCUUGUGAUUUGCAGUGAAUUAUAUGCAUCAGAGUUCUUCAUUAAGAAUACAACUGAAGUAAUUAACACAAGCAGAUGUCCAGAUUUCGGUGAUAUUGGAAAGGGAGUUAUAAUCCAAGAACUGAUUGUUGGAGACAAGCAGGUUCUUCAUAUAGAAUGUCAACCGGGGCAUGACCUGAUUGGAUCACCCAAGAUUUUGUGUGUUGAUGGCCAAUGGGAACACAUACAGAAACCACAGUGUUCAAAACGUUGUCCUUCACCACUAUUCUUGCGUAAUGCAGAAGUGCGUUUGGAAGGCACACUGGCCAGCGAAGAAAGCUACCGUCAAGGGUCCCGUGCCAUUUAUAGUUGUGGCGAGGGAUUUCGUUUGUCCCCACCUGGAAGUAAGAUUCGUGUCUGCAAGGACGGAUACUGGACGGGUCCUCAAGGUCGAUGUGUUGCGGAUGGUUGCCAGAUGCCCCCUGAAAUUACACACGGCUACUAUGUUUUGGAAUCCGCUCUAGAAGAGAAUCCCAUAGCGCGUGUAGGUGUCGGCCAACGGGCCCAUUACAACUGUAACCUCGGUUAUAUCCUGACAGGACCGGCUAGCCUCCAGUGCUUGGAUUCAGGGGAUUGGUCCCCUCGCUUGCCCCCUCAUUGCACUCCCGCUAACUCAGAGAUGGAAGAGGACGAGGAAUUGACAAAAGAGGCGUUCUGCCCACCAUUGCCUGCAACUCCUCACACGCGUGUCGCCACCAUCCUGGGUCGACAGAACGCGAACAGGGCUGCUCCCGGAACAGAGGUGGAAUUGCAGUGUGAACCGGGGUACCGCGAUCCCCGCUUUCCCUGCCAGGUCUCCGUGCUCCGCUGCAUACAUUCCACGUGGCAUGCCGUGCAGGGUGACAUCCCGAAGUGCUUGGCUGUUGAAGGAUGCGUUUCCCCUCCGAGCAUUGAACACGGUUCCUUGUUUGGUCCUGCUACUAAUGGGAGGUACCACGUACAUGGCGAAGUGGCUUAUACGUGUCAGCCCGGCUUUGUCCUGCACGGAGACCCCGUGCUAACUUGUGCCCCCAGUGGCUGCUGGGAGCCCAGUAACCUGCCGGAAUGUCGUCCAGAUGACCAGCCAAAGGUAUACUGGACAGCUCAUGGUCCAGACCGCAAGGUUCAACCGCUGGGCUUGGUGGACACUAUAAUGCUUCUCGUGACCCUGACAACCGCAGUUGGCCUUACGCUCGUUAUGUUUUGCACUUGUAUCUUUGUGGUCCGUCAUCAUCGCCGGGAUCAGGGAGCGCCCCCCUCAUCACCGAGGGCCCCUACCCCACCGCUGGUUUAUGACCCAGACCGAGUUGCCCUCAUUGCAAAUGAUGCCCAGCUUGGCGAGUCAUCGCUCCCAAGCUAUGAGGAAGCUAUAAGGGAGCGUUAUAGUGGUGGUGUGAUCGCGUCAUCUGGGGGUUUGAUGCCGUAUCGUUCCCACAGGGGCCCCCAUUGGAAUGCGUUGGGUUCCGGGGGACGUCGUACUCGAGGAGAGACUGCGCAUGUCACCCGCCAGUCAUCCAGUACUUCGCACACUGCAUCUCUGAGAAGUGGGUCGGCUGCAGGCGACUCGAUGGGGUCGACAGACACGAUGACUCCGAGCGAGGUGUCGACUAACGUGACGCUGGACACAGUAUCAUCACACACGUGUAGCAGUGGCUCCCAGACGGCUUCUUGUCGCGCUAUAUGUGGCAGCCUCGCUUCUUUUGACACCAGCUCUGUGCUGAACACCGAGGGUGUCCCACUGCUGGAAGAGAGUGAGAUUGAGGAUGGCGUACAGGGCCUUGAUUCUGUAAGGCUGGUCACGGUGGACCAGCCCCUGAAAGACAGUGCGUCCUGCAAGUGUUGCCACAACUCUCCAGAUCUUGUGUGAAUUUCACGGUAGUUGCGUCUGUAUCCGUUACGCAUAUUACGCAUCCAGGCGUCGUCGUCGUCGUCGGCUUUAUUAUACAGGGUAUAAUAGCGUGGUAUUACUUCGUCCCUGCCCCCUCCAACCCCCCUGUUUGUAUCACAUUCAGUGUAAAAUGCUUAAAAGUUCAAGUUUGUAGCAUUUGAGAGUAAUUUUUGUUUUUGUGUGAACAGGGGACAUUAAUCCUUAAGGUCAGAGCGUAAAAUGAGUAGUGUACGCUAAAUAAUGAAAGUAAUAUAUAAGGAAUGUAAAUAAUAUACAUAGAUAUUGUAUGAAAUAGGAUAAUUCUCUUCAUCCCUAAGUUUUUUUUUUAAAAAAAAUAUAAACUUGUAACUGAAGCUGCCUUUAGCAAACUUGAUAGAUGUGAAUUGAAAUCAGAUGACUGAAACAUAUUUUUGGACAUAUUUUAAAUUGUCUUCCAGAACCGUUCUUCUGCUAAAAAUUUGGCUGUCGUAUGGAACGUAACAGACUCCAAAACAGAUCGGCUAAUAUUCGCUCCCUAAUGCCCAAGUCCUUCGGGCGGAUAAACUGAGUUGCGUGCCAAAUACGUAAAAUUAUUACAAAAAAAAAAAGAGUUAUAUUUCAGAAUCCGAAUUCUGUCCGCGCAUAACUUUUUCACUACCAAAAUUAUUUUUUAAGCUUUGUAAUGAUAGAAGAGGACUUUUUUUUGUGGAUACAAGUCGGCUACAGUCACGUGAUAGUUGUUUAUUUUAAUAGCACUGAAUUGUUUUCUACAUUACUUUACUUGUACGUUGACCUUAAGGUUAAUGGUUAUAAUUUUAAAAUGUGACAAUAUUGUGAAUGAAAGACAGAAUUUUCUAGGGAUUGAGUAAAGUAACGUUCUCUUUAAUCUCGUUGGCAGCACUGCUUUGUGUGUUCUGUAUAUACCAUAACUAAAAACAUUAUUUUACCCAUGGAAAGUUAAUAAUAUCCGCUGGCUGUGUUCGGUUCACACGUAUCAGUAAAGAAUUAGAGAGUCGAACCAUUUUUUGAAGGUGCACGUUUCGUAGGUGAGGAAACACGUGGAUUUGAUUUUUAUUCCGUAUAUUCUGGCGCAAGACAGCAGAAUUAGCAGUUAUACAAUUUGUGACAUCUGAUACCUUUCAAAGAAACAAGUUGCUUAAAUACUACGUGUCUGUAAUAUGUACAUGAGCAUGUAAAUAACAUUACUCGUAAAAUUAUCGUUAAUUAAAAUUAAAUGUAAAUGAUGAUUUCUUUUGACGUAGUAACUGUCUACCCUACAGAGACAGUAAGGAUAAAGUCAGCCAGAAUGAGUCGCUUGUACACGUGUUUCGUGCUCUGAAAUCGUUUAGCUUUUUGUUAACGGUUGUUGAGGGUCCAAGCGCGAAACGUCGAGCAAUGAAACCGGAAUUUGGUAAUGGAUAUUUCUGACAUCGUUUACUAAAUGAAGCGACAUUUAGAAUGUUUUUGGUGCCGUAGUCAUCUGUUGCGAUGCUCCACUUAUGUAACCGUUUUGUUUUUAAUUUCCGGAAAUUCUUAUCUGGACGCCUGCAGAGAAUUUACCGAAACCCGUCUCUGUAUACGACCGCUGUACAAUUUAACCAUUGCAUUGUUAGCGGUUUCUUACUCACGAAAAAAAUGUUUUCCCCAAAUAUAUUAUUUUCAAUUUACAACUUAAACUGAGGCAGCAAUUUUAGAUUUAAAUUUUAGGGGCAUGCAUACAGCCAGUUAUUGAAGUUACUCUUGAAGUUUUUCUGUAUGUAAUACUAUUUGAUGGAAUGUUCAGUGAAGAAUGAACUGGAAAGGUUAUGAAAGGGAGAAGAAAUUUAAGGUACUGCUCUCCAGAAUUUUCCUGGAGGUAAUGAGGGAAACCAUGAAAAACCUAAGUCGGGAUAGAAAGUGUCUGGUUCAAGAUUUGAACCCAGGACUUCCCUAAUAUGAAACAGGAUUAUGUUGAGGUCAGUCAUUUGUGCUUCACUGCUUUUUAAGGAUAAAUUUCAGGCCGCACACUGAAACUAAUUUCAGUCCAACAUAUACUGGGUCUGCCAAUAUCUGUCAUUCCUCAUGAACAGGAAUGAAAAAUGGGUUUUUUAAUCGCUCUUCUGUUAAUAUGCCCUGAUGUUCUGUCUGCAUGAUUUUAUUUCUUAUUCUAUAUGGAUCUUCUAACAUCGUCGUUCUUCAUCCUAUUAAAAUGUGUACGUCCUCCAACACAUUUUAAAAAUGCCUUUUCAGCAAAUUAAAUCCCGUUUUCAUAUGUCUGUCAGAACUCGAGUUUCACUUUCCGGAAGUCGCAUAGGAAUUUCCAUUACUUUCCAAAGUCUAACUUGUGUUUUUUCUUUCUUUCAUCCUUUGUGUUUAAAAUAAUUCUAUAUGUUUGCUGUUGCAUUGUACAUAUUUGAUAAAAUGCAUCAUUUCGAAAACACUUAAAAAUUAAUAUUUUUAAAGCUUUGUAUCUGUAAUAAUAUUGUAAUAACAGUUCUUGCAGCGAAGGUGGAAUGUCUGUGAUGAUGGUGCAUCGUAAUACGUAAAAUCGGUUUCUUGAUCUUGGUUCACUGUCUGAAUAAUAAAUAAAAUCGUAACAUUUUUAAAAGCUCGAUUUUGCGUCUGUCUUCAGGUGAAAUAGGAUCGGAACAGAAUCCAACUUCUGAAGCAGGUGAUUUUAUUUAUAAUUUAGACAAAAUACAAGAAAACAAUUUUACAGAACUCUUAAAGUGUUUUCAGGUAUCUGGAUUCAACUCACGGACAGCUUAUAUAGUCUGGUAAAUGUUAUUUUAAGAACUGUAUGAUAUUGUAACUUGUAGAUUAGUUUCCCAGGCACAAAUGAGAUUGCAUAUUUUAUACUAGUCAUAAAUAGUGGUACUCAUUUUCAUUUGCCACAUAUAACACCGUCCUUAGUGCAGAACUGCUUAAAAGUGCAUUUUCUGUUGAGGAUGUGCUUUACUGCAAACAUCACAAGUUGAUUUGAUAUCGAUCUUUCUUUUUGUGAAUUGUGCUGCUCUCAAUGGAAUCGUGCCAUAGGGAUAUAUUGUUCCCACUACUUUUCUCAUAUGCUUACAUAGUCUGAUCUUAUGAUCUUCAUUGUUUAUUUGUUCUAACAUUAUAUAUUGAAGAAGUUGAGAACUGCGCAGAGUCACUCACAGGCAUAGAACAUUAAUGGCAAGACGGUUUUCCUUAUGCGUGGUUUAUUUGAUUAUACCCUCUAGAUUUGUUCCAAAUAUUAUAUUUUUGUUAAAAAAAAAAGGAAUAAAUGAUUACCGAUCAGAUCACAUAAUACAUACAUUAUUUUAUUGAAGUCUGAUUCAUUUUUGUGAAAAUCGUUGAAUUCUCUCAGAAGUUCUCAGACAAAUAUUUAUAACACAAAAUUGGCAGUGUCAUUGAACUUUUAAGUUGGCAACAUUUAAAGCAUGAAGUGGAUAACAUGACACCAAAGAGUCCGUGUUGAGUGGUUUUAUGCUGAUGGUUAAUAAAUAGCAAAACAGUGAUAUUAAGUUUUGUUUAAGUAAUACAUUUUCAUAUGCACUUACUGAAUAUCUUAUAAACAAUAUGAUUUAUUCUGAAGAGGGCGUAGAACAUAUUAAGAAGGCAAAAAAAUAAGAAGCUGAUUAUAAAUUAGAGGCUAGAAUAUGUUUUGAGCGAAUUACAACACAAAAACAUGUUUAGUCAUCUGCUUCAAACUUUUUUGAGCUGAAUAUGAUCAAGUAUUCUAUUUUGAAUUAUGUGUAAACAUAAUUUAUUUUAAAUUCUGAUCAUAAUUUUAAAUUUACUAGCAUUAUGUGUUGUUAAACAUAACAUAACAAUUCAUUAGUAAGAGAAAAACCAUAAAAUGUAUAAAGAACAUCUAAUAAUAUUGCAUCCAUUAUACAAUGUUGAGGUGUGUUUAUGAUAGUGACCUUUAACCAGGUUGAGGGGCAUUCUACUAUCCUGGCUCUAAUAAGUUAUUAGAAGUAAUUUUAAUUGCUGUUAGGAUUUCUUAAACUAUAUAAUAUGUAACUGUAGUUAAUCACAUAUUACACUGGUCACAAAGCAGUUCAUUGAAAUGCAAUGAACGGUAACAUACUUUCUAAAUUAAAUUAUAAUUAAUUAUCCCAAAACUUCAUAAAUGUAUCUAUAAAAUAUCAGUUUCUUAUGUUUAGUAAAUAUUACAUUUACAUAUAAAGAUGAUUUCUUUGAUAUAUAGUUACUAGUUAUAACAAGUUCAUUCCACUGUGGAAGGUAUUUGAUUUAUAACAGUUUCCUUCGGUGCUUAAUUGGGAAGAAAUGCUAGAAAACUAAUAUACCCGAAAUGUUAGAUCAGGCUCUAUUUUCUUAAUGGAUGUAAUGCUGUAUAAUAUUUUUAGAAUGGUUUAGAGGAAUUUUGGCUUUGAGUCCUUAUGAAAUAAAUAUCAUUAAAGAAUAUGAUUUUGUCAUUGUGCUGUUAUGGAAUGUGAGGUUAGGUCUCUAUUUUCUUUGUGGAUGUAAUGCUGUAUAAUAUUUUUAGAAUGGUUCAGAGGAAUUUUGGCAUUGAGUCCUUAUGAAAUAAAUAGCAUUAAAGAAUUUGUCAUUGUGCUGUUAUGGAAUGUGAGGUUAGGUGUGUACCACUGAUGGUUAUUAGAGCUGUGUAUCAAGUGUACUAUAUAUGUGAUUAUUACAACCAAGUUUUGAUUACAUUUACAUACCAAUAAUAAAUAAUCUCUUCUACAUAAGAAUUACAUUGGUUAAAAUACUGUGAGAUUAUAGAAUAAUGAGGGAGGCCUAGUCUUAAUUUUAAUAUCAUAUGUUUGUUUUGUCUGCAUAGGAACAAGUAUAGGGCAUUUAUUUAUUCUUGUGCUGUAUUCAUACAUUGUAAUCGAUAGAACUUGUGUAUAAAAUUGAAGUAAUGCUCAUUUUAUUUUGUAACUAUAUUAUAUGUGCUGUAUUAGGGUGACCUGGACCUUAUACACAGUCUCCUUUCUUUCUACGUGUAGAUAUGUGUAUUUGAUGUGUAAUUAAGUUUGUUUAUAGUACUUCGCAUUAAAAUGUGUGAUGGGUAUUAAUAUUUAUAUGUCUUGCGAUGUAAUUUGUGUAUUGUUAAUUUUUUCUUAAACUACUUUUAGAUGGUAUUCACAGAGCAGAUGUUGAUGAUGCAAUGUGGAUGAUGGCGAAAGAUUUCCUGGAAGAAUAUAUUAACGUCACAUUGAGACAUUGCUUUUGUUACGUUUUUGUUACUGACAGUUAUGGGCUUUAUUCCAUGACAGUGAUGGGACGUUCUGAAAUUGAUAUAUUUAUUUAAUAUUUUUAAUACAUUUAUAAACAUAUUAACAUCAUUGUGAAUUUUCAAUAUGAAAAAUACAAAUUGUGUCUUAUGAUUAUUUUAGGUAUUAUUAUGAUAAAAAUGAACGUGUAACAUCUGAGAAUUUAUAGAAAUGUCAGCUCAUCAGCUUGAAGUGUAAAACUCCAUUGUAUUGGAUACAAUAUAAUAAUGUUUUGCGAAAGGAGCUGAUGGCAGGAAAUUGCUGGAACAAAACUUCUUCAGUUGUCAUAACUGAGGUUUAUAAGCCCUGACAUAUGAAAUGACUUUUAAACUGAGCAGAUAAAAGCUGCUUGGUGCGUGGUAGGGUGAUUUUAGACGCUUGGCGAUGAAUAUGACGCAAACUACCAAAAUCAGAAUGGUUUGUAAAAAUUUAGAGUAGAUCUACCGUGUGAAGUUUAAUAAAAACAUCAUUUAAUUUGA